AUGAAGGAUGUCAGUCAUUUUCAAAUCAAAGGAUCAUUUAAUCAAGAUAAUAAUAGAAAUGAAAAUAAUCAAAUUGAUUUAAAUUUUCGUAAUAUAAAUGAAGAUGAAAUAAUUGAAAUUCUUCGACAUCCAUUUUGUCAAGGUAUUCAACAAAUGGUCAAUGUACAAAAUCUAAAUGAGAUUCAAGUUCAUCGAAAAACACUUCUAGAUGAAAUUCAGCAAAUUAUGAAAGAUCAUGGAUUUUCUAAAAAUAGAAGUGAAACAUGGAUAAGUGAAAGUUUAAGAAAAGUUUUAAAUUUUCAAAAUAAUGGUAUACCAAUUGAAAAGCGUUCUCAACAAAGAAUAUUAGAAUUAACAUUGAAUAGACGACAAUAUAAUCAAUUUCGUUUCAAUGAUGUUAUUCCACAAUUUCGAUCAAAAGGUUCCAGCAAAAGUGUUUAUAAUUAUGAAGGUAUUCCAGGUGGAGCCUGUCAAUCAAAAGCAUCAACCAUAUCUCCAACCGUUGAAAGAAAUAUUGGAAUUAAUAAAAAUCAUAUUGAUAAAUUUAAUGAAUGUAUUGAAUCAAUUAAUGUUCUUGAUCCUGAUGAUCCAUUUGUUAAAAAUAAAUUUUUACGUUAUAUAUCACAAAAUAAAUUAAAAUCAUCUAUGAUAGCUAUAUCUGUUAUUUAUGAAAUCAAGAAUUUAACAAUAAUUUUAAUGGAUGAAAAUGGUUGUUGUAUUGAACGAUUAUUGAUUCAUACAACAGAAAUGAUUAUUAAUCAAAUUGGAUCUAAUAUUACAUUAGCUCUUGCAAGUUUACUGCCUGGUAUUGGAAGUUUUGCUAUUGGAGUUCUAGGUAGUCUGAUAUUUGGAUUUAUUGGAAAGAAAAUUGGUGAAUUAAUAUUUAGUUUAUUUCCUAAGAUUGCAUCAGGUGAAGGACCACCAAUUUCAGAUUAUUUUUCGUUUGUUUAUGGUUCAAAUAAUUAUUUUGGUGAACCUUUAAAUGAAUAUAAUUUCCAAACAAUCUUAGGAAUACCAAAGUCAGAUUAUCCAGUUAAUAUUAACGAAGUUGCAUUUAAAUCACCGAGCAACGAUUAUGAAGAUCAAUUCGUACAAAUGGCAUUUCAAUGUCCGAAAUAA